AUGUCGUCCUUUCACGGGACCUACAUACCCUGCCUACGCCCAUACCCCUUCACCGACCGCCCCCACUCGACCACCUCUCCUUCGCAUGACGCCGGACCACCACCACGAGACUAUCCGAUCAGUAUACUGCGCAUCAGCGAGAGCAAUUACGUUGGAACGGACGGUAUAGGUUACUUGGUGAGUCGCGUCCCACCGUAUACAGCCCUCCUCCUUCCCUCAUCACCCUUGUCCGUAACAUGCAUCUCUGACUCCCGCACAGACGACACGCUCGCGGGGCGUCCCUCCUCGCCCAUAUUCCUCUCCACGUCUGCACCGUCUGCCGCCCGCUCCCUCAGACCACACGCUCAUUACACUUCUCUUACGCGUCUAGUCCUCCACCGGACUCUUGGGCUCGCUCGCCUUCCGCCCGCUCCCUCGCCCGACUCGCGCCGGCUCCCGCUGACGACACGCGCGUCGACUGAAUCGCGCCCGCACACUCCCGCUGACGACACGCGCUCUCUAUCCCUCACCCGACUCGCUUCCUCAGACGACACGCGCGUCGCGACUCGCGCCCACACAUCUCACAGGCGCGCGGGGCGUGCCUCCUUCCUUCCCCCGCGAUUCCGUGUCUGCCAGCCCACAGGAGCGUUGUGUCCUCCCAACGCGCGCCCGCUCCCUCUGACGAUACGCACCCACUUCCUCUGA